AAAUGGUAUAACUUUUAGCUAAACGUGGUAGUAAUUCUUAGUUUAUUAGAGCUAAUCUAUAAGCAAUAAGGGCUCUACGAUUAUAUCGUCUCUUAAGACAAUUUGACUGGCUAUUGCUAGAUUUAGGUCAAACCAAGCACACGAUUUGCGAAGUAAUGCUACUUCCUACGCGGCACACAAGUACGCGCGGCUAGGUCAACACGUCCGCGGCCGUGGUCCUUAUCCAGGCACAACUGACACCACCAGCACCCCUUGGAGCCACUGUUAGGUGGCAGUGUACUGUAGGGCAGGCUGCACGGACAAAGAAGAAUGAUGGUUUGCUACAGCGUGGCUCCACGCAAGCCGUUUUGGUGCACCCCAACGCCCCCACGGAAACGUCCGAUCCUCCCACUGGUGCUGCUCACACUACUUUCAACCAUUCGUACAGCCGCCACCAUGUAUUGGACAUGCCCAGAUGUGGCUAACUAUGCCUCAUCCUUUUGGGUCACCCACUCUGGCAGCGGCCUCCAGUAUUACGAAUAUGCGACUCUGGACGAACUUGCAAGCAUGUGCAAUGCUGACCCGAGGUGUAAGGGCUUUGACAGUAUGGGUUAUACCAUGAGUGCAGUGGCACCAACAGAAUACACAUUUGGAGUUUGCAUGUACACACGAGUAUGCGCAUAUGCUGCCGGGUACACGGCUCAACCUGGAGCCGACCAUAACGGAGAUGACUUGGUUGCAAACUACAUGGAUGUAAGCACUGCAGCCGCCACGUGCAGCUCCCGCGCGGACUGCAAGGGCUUCGAGUACAGGAACAGGCAAGGUGCUGCGUGGCUCAAGAGCACCGUUUCACCAAGCACCUUCUACACAGACACCUCUAUGUGCCUGUACACAAAAGUAUGCGCAUAUGCUGCCGGUUACACGGCUCAACAUGGAGCCGACCAUUACGGAGAUGACUUGGCUGGAUACACCACGGAUGUAAGCACUGCAGCCGCCACGUGCAGCUCCCGCGCGGACUGCAAGGGCUUCGAGUACAGGAACAGGCAAGGUGCUGCGUGGCUCAAGAGCACCGUUUCACCAAGCACCUUCUACACAGACACCUCUAUGUGCCUGUACACAAAAGACUUGACUUCUCCCUCGCCGCCGCCGCCUACCUCACCAUCGCCUCCUCCACCUCGACCACCCCCGCCAUUGCCCCCAUCCCCACCACCACCCUCCCCACGUCCGCCGCUUCCUCGGCCACCAUCGCCUACACCGCCUUCACCCUCGCCGCCGCCUCCUCCUUUGCCGCCGUCUCCGGUUCCACCCAGCCCAAAGCCACCCUCUCCUUCUCCACCCUCACCGCCGCCCUCUCCCCUCACACCAUCCCCAUUCCCGCCCAGCCCAACACCUCCCUCUCCUUCGCCUCCCUCACCGCCUCCGUCUCCCCUCCCACCGUCGCCGCUCCCGCCCAGCCCGAAUCCACCCUCUCCUUCCCCUCCCUCACCGCCUCCGUCUCCCCUCCCACCAUCGCCACUCCCGCCCAGCCCGAAUCCACCCUCUCCUUCCCCUCCCUCACCGCCACCCUCGCCUCUCCCACCCAGCCCAAAUCCGCCAUCUCCUUCCCCUCCCUCACCGCCUCCCCCUCCUUUGCCGCCAUCUCCACUUCCACCCAGCCCGAAUCCACCCUCUCCUUCGCCUCCCUCACCGCCUCCGUCUCCCCUCCCACCAUCGCCACUCCCGCCCAGCCCGAAUCCACCCUCUCUUUCCCCUCCCUCACCGCCACCCUCUCCUUUGCCGCCGUCUCCUCUUCCACCUAGCCCGGAUCCGCCCUUCCCUCUUCCUCCCUCACCGCCCCCCUCGCCUCUCCCACCCAGCCCCUAUCCGCCCUCCCCUUCCCCUCCCUCACUGCCGCCGUCUCCACUUUCACCCAGCCCAAAUCCGCCAUCCCCUUUCCCUCCCGCACCGCCAACCUCUCCGCUUCCACCGUCGCCACUCCCGCCCAGCCCGAAUCCACCCUCCCCUUCCCUUCCCUUACUGCCCACCUCUCCCCUGCCGCCGUCUCCAGUUCCAACCGGCAGCGCUAACUCCCCCACUUCUUUCCCUUCUUUUUCGCCCCCACUUCCACGGCAGCCGUCUUCCUCUCCACCGCGCCCACCCCCACAACCUCCUGCCAGCGCCCUAUAUCCACUUCCUCCGUCUCCAUUUCCGCGGUCUCCUCCCCCAUUUUCCCCCUUUCCAUCAUCACCCAUACUUGGGCCGACAGCUCCGCCAUCUUCCCUUGCCGUAACACCAGCGCCUUGUUUGUCACCACCACCACCGACUUUGUCAGCGAAUUCUUCCUCCUCAUCAACUCCAGCUAUACCGCCAAAGCAGGUUACCCCAUCGCCACCACCUCAGCGGUGUGACAAUGUCGCAAGUUACAUUGCGUCCUACGAUACGGACCACUGGGGAGAUGAUCUGAUCUAUAUACCCAACAUGGAUGUGCCGCGCCUGGCCCUGCUAUGUGACGCUGAUCCGGACUGCCAGGGCUUUAACAGCCUAGGUUACCUUAAGCGGUCUGUAGAUUCAACUUCUGCAGCAGCUGGACUAUGCACAUACAGGAAAGCUUGCCCAUAUGCUGCUGGAUAUAUUGCCACGUAUGAAGCCGACCAUUGGGGAGAUGAUAUUGGCAAAUACGACCUCAACGUUACAGAUGUAGCUAAGCUGUGCAGCUCUCGAUCUGAUUGUUUAGGAUUCAAUAGCUUCGGUAGUUAUGGAUGGAUGAAGAGGACAGUGUCCCAAGCCACAGCAGCACCAGGGUCGAAGAUGUGCCUGUACAGGAGAGGCCUUUUCGUAUAUGGUCCCUACUACACGUCCCCUUGGCAAUCCGGCCAACCUAACAGCUGGUCUUUUCCUGAUUUAAAUGCUACUUGGAUAUGGGGCUCUAAUGAUGCGACAAGUUACCCAUCAACAGCGCUCGCUUACUCGUUUUCAAAAGUGCUUGACAUCUCAAACAGCACUGCUAUUCGAGUCUUUGUGUGGGUCGACAACCAGGCUGAUAUAUUUAUUGACGGGAGGUACGAAACAACGCUAGCCGGCGGCUGGGCACCCUUCAUGAACGUUUCCCCGGGAUUCAUCACCUUGCAGCUGGCACCUGGCCGCCAUGUGCUGACUCUGCGGUGCACCAACCACCCGUCAACGCCGGGUACUGCCGGACUUCUUGCCUCCAUAGUGGAUGACAGGACUGGCAAAGUUCUCAUGCGCUCUGACACCUCGUGGGGUGUGAGUGAAAGCCCAAUACGACUUGCAAAUGUGGUAGGCUCGUCUUACACUGCUGCGUGGCUUUCGUCCUUCCAAGACUAUGGCGCCUCCUGGAUUUGGUCAGCACCUGGUGCUGAGACCUACGCUUCCACCACGAACGCCUCCGUGUUUUUUAAAUACUUCGAGGUUACCCAAGACACUCCGGCGCGCUUGGAAGUUGCUGCUGACGAUGAGGCUCGGAUAUUCCUCGAUGGAGAAUACUUGGGCCCGGUAUACUGGCCGUCUUUGUUUGGCAUUAACCUUACAAUCAAGCCAGGCCACCACGUAUUUGGUAUACAGGCCAUGAACUACCCGACCGUAGACGGUACUCCACAGUCAUACAAUCCUUGCGGUCUACUAGUUUCACUGAGAGGCAAAGCGAACGGCCAGGUCAUUCUCCGCAGCGAAGGCACCUGGACAGUAACGAGCAGCAGACAACCUGUGUUGACAGAUUGCUCAGUGAUCCACGGGUACCAGACAUUGUCGGACAAAGAACAUGAGAACGACAACAUUGGACGGCUCUCUAACACCGACCUUGGUGCCUUGGCCGAGGCUUGCACAGCUGACGUCAGAUGUAAAGGGUUCAAUGCUGAUGGGUACCUGAAGUCUGCAGUAGAACCCAUGCGCUUCUAUCGAGGUUGCUUUUAUGCGAAGACAGCCCAAAGUAAUGCGCCCCUGGCAAACCCAACACCGCCAUCCCCUGCUACAGAUGCCAAGAGGGAUUAUAAGCCUGUCAUCACUGGAGUUAUAUGCAGUGUUGGCGGAGUCGUGGUCACGGCACUUGUCAUCGGUGGCUUUUGGCUUUACAAGCGCCGCUUUCAUAAUGCCAGCCACCGCUACAGUGUUACCAGCAACAGCGGCCCAGUCGAGUUGCCCAAUUUCGUGAACAUGGAGAUCCCUUCUAUUGCUGUUGCACGUCAAGGUUUGCCAACUCCUGGAACUUCUAUGCCAUUACCAACAGCACCACCAAUACAACAAGCGCAGCAGGUGCAACGAAGACGAAGAAGAGAAAUAAAUGUCCGAACAAGGGUGUACUCGUAUGAAGCUCUUAAAGCAGCAACUUCUGACUUCAACGCGGCAAACCUCAUUGGUGAAGGCGGCUUUGGGACUGUUUACCGUGGUACAUGGGGCAUGCAGAAGUUACCCAUCGCCGUUAAAAAAAUGAACCCCGGUCAUUCGCAACAGGGCUGGAAGCAAUAUUUGAAAGAGGUCAACAUUUUAUCGAAGAUUCACCACCCAAAUAUCUUGAUGUUUCUUGGGACAUGCUCGGAACAGGGUAUUCUGGUGUACGAACUUAUGCCCGGAGGUAGCUUGGAGAGUAGACUGACAUCGCAUAGCCGGCAACUACUGGUGUCGACUGUACCCGGCUCGCGUACCGGUACUAUGCUGGGCUGGAAAGACCGUGUGCGCAUCAUAUGCCAAGUUGCCUGCGCCCUCGACUUCCUGCAUACCAGCAACCCGCCCAUCGUACACAUGGACCUCAAACCUGCGAACAUCCUCCUAGAUGGUCACAAUAAUGCGAAAUUGGGAGACGUGGGCCUAGCACAAGCCAUGAAAGACCCCCGGCUGUCACUUAACAUGGCGACAAGAUCAACUCUGGUGGGCACAUGGGGAUACAUGGAUCCAGAGUACGUGCAUAGCGGCCAGUAUGGACCCCGCAGUGACAUCUACGCUCUUGGCGUAUGCAUGCUGCGCGCUCUUACAAAUGACUCAGGCCACGGUCUUGUGGAGCAAGUUCGUACUGCCCGGCAAAACCCCGCAACUGACGCCUUCAAGGCCAUGCUGGACAGCAAUGCUGGCGGCUGGCCACUUGAGAAGGCGCAGGAGUUUGCGGACCUGGCUUUACGUUGCGCGGAUGCCGUUGGCCGCAACCGACCACCUAUGCAGGAAGUACUCCUGCCUACUUUGAUCAGGUUCAAGCAGCACGCGGACGCCCACCAGGACACCGACGUCAACCAACAUGCGUCGGCCGGUGCCGUAUCAGGGCACCCUACUCAAACGCCAGACACGGCUGCAGUCGGUUCAGAUGAACCUCCGCAUAUGUUUUUGUGCCCAAUUAUGCAGGAUGUCAUGGACGACCCCGUCUUCGCAGCUGACGGGUUCACUUAUGAACGUACGGCAAUUGAGGAAUGGAUACGGAUGCACCGCCCUGCCGUCAGCCCGAUGACGAACACGUCGCUUGGGCACACCAACCUGACGCCGAACCUCCUCCUGCGCAGCGAGAUUGCAGAGUGGAGGGCGCGGCGGAUGCAGCGUGGAUAGUCACUUGUUGCGUUAUCGUAAGAAUCAUGAGUGAGAUGCUAAGCUGUGUACACGGCUCACAUGAGCGUAAUGACGGCACAGGGUACCCCUGGACAUGGAAUGUACAUGGCAUUAAUUUUAGGAGUACCUUUCAAGUUUGGGGGGCUCGACUCGGAAGCUAGGAAGCCUGCUAAAGCUGGAAUUGUAGCUGAUGUCCCCGUCUGUAAACGUGGCUUUUACGCACGUGCUGUAUGUCGUUGUUGGCGCCCAAGCUUAUUUAGAACGCGCUUGUAUGCUGUCUACGGAUGCAUACCGGCAUGUGGGUGCUGGCGACAGUCAAUCGGUCAUGGGUGAUUCAGGUGUUCAUGAAUGUAUGUGUUAUCCUUUUGUUGCAAGCCAUCUAUUGCCAUUGUUAAUUGGGGUGAGGGUUUUGGGAUCAUGCCGAUGUAAACAAAAUAUUCGCCAGCAAGGUGUUAGUCUGGGCUAUACAUUGUACAAUUGCUAACAGCAGGUCAAGUGGGGCAAACGGCAUUUCCUUCUUGUCACGUGUGGCUCCAAAAUGCAUGUCAAUCAAAAAUUAGGCUCCAGCAUCAUGUCAAUAAAAACCUAAGCUGUACGAUUGGUGUCACGGAUACGUGAUUUGUAUGGGGCAUUCAUGGGUAGGUGCGGCAGAUGCGAUGAGUGAAGUGGGUUGUAUUGGCGUAUGUACGCAUCUCGGUCGAUCGUUGCCGUCCCAGUUUCCCUAUAGACCCUGCAAAUGACUGACUGACUGUCGAAGAUGCUCCAGUGCGGUAUCCAUGUGGCCAUACGGAAACACUGCAUGUAGAAGGGAUUUGUGCCGUCACCUCUACCAAGCUUACUGGAUGUGUGAGGUCCAAUCCCGCGCACACAACGGAAGGAUAGGGGCAUGUUUGUUUGGCCCUUGCCGUUUUGAUGCAAUACGAACGGUACACACAAUGCAGGGUUGGUUUGAGGACGUGGGGACUGCGCUUUCACCCCCUCCCAAUGGCCUGGAUAAUGUCCGGCGCUGGGCUUAGGGGAUGUAGCUUACUGCGGCUAGUAACCUAUGUAAGGUAGGUCAUGAGAAGUAUAGGCGUUUAAAAGCUGUAUAAUUGACGUUUGAAGCUGUAUAAUUGACGUGUGAAAGCGGGAGAGUACAUCGCCACUACGCAAUGGGCGACUCUGCUGUGGUUGCGGUCGAGGCUGGUAGGCGUGGUAGCUGGGCCUGAUUGGGCGUCAUUGUGCCGCCCUUGCCCAUGCACCAUAUAUACGCAAAGUAGCGGGACAACAUAGCCCUUGUUUUACUUGGCUACCGAAAUCAAUCGCUUGGAAAAGGAUAGAUAGGGCGGAGGCCAGCCCUGAUCCAGUAUGCGAAGGCAGUACCGGUGUGAUUGCUGGCGUCUGCUAGCAGUGGGCAAAUAUAAAGUACACGGGAGAGGCCAAGCCAAUUUGAAGCAUCCUGCUAGCC